CUGAGCUCGUCGCGCCGAGCAGCAGCUAUGGAGCAGGCACUUUCCGACCCCGAAAGGCUGCUGAAACCUGCGGCCUUGGAGCCGCUGGGUCGUCCUGACGCUGGGCUGGAGGCUGGGGUCGGUGAGGAAGCCGAGGGGGCCCGGGAAGAGGGCUCCGGAACCGACACGAUGACAGAAAAUAAUUUUGGAUUGAAGAAGAUAGAAAUCAGUGUGUCAGAGGCCGAAAAGAGAACUGGAAGAAAUGCCAUGAACAUGCAAGAAACAUAUACUGCUUACCUCAUUGAAACAAGGUCAGUUGAACAUGCUGAUGGUCAGAGUGUCCUAACAGACUCACUGUGGAGGAGAUAUAGUGAGUUUGAGUUGUUGAGAAACUAUCUUUUAGUUUACUAUCCACAUAUUGUUGUACCACCUCUACCAGAAAAACGGGCAGAAUUUGUUUGGCAUAAACUCUCUGCUGACAACAUGGAUCCGGAUUUUGUGGAAAGACGACGGAUUGGUUUAGAAAACUUUCUCUUAAGAGUUGCUUCACAUCCUAUCCUUUGUAGAGACAAAAUCUUCUAUUUGUUUUUAACACAGGAAGGUAACUGGAAGGAAACUGUGAAUGAAACUGGGUUUCAGUUGAAGGCAGACUCCAGGUUAAAAGCGCUUAAUGCAACAUUCAGAGUGAAAAACCCAGACAAGAGAUUUACUGAACUGAAACACUACAGUGAUGAACUACAGUCUGUCAUCUCACAUCUUCUUCGAGUCAGAGCUAGAGUAGCAGAUCGACUCUAUGGUGUAUAUAAAGUACAUGGGAAUUAUGGGCGAGUUUUCAGUGAAUGGAGUGCCAUAGAAAAAGAAAUGGGUGAUGGGCUGCAGAGUGCUGGUCAUCAUAUGGAUGUGUAUGCAUCUUCUAUUGAUGAUAUUUUGGAAGAUGAAGAACAUUAUGCAGAUCAAUUAAAGGAGUAUCUUUUUUAUGCGGAAGCACUACGGGCUGUGUGCAGGAAACAUGAACUUAUGCAGUAUGACUUGGAGAUGGCCGCUCAGGACCUAGCAUCCAAGAAGCAGCAGUGUGAAGAACUUGCAACUGGGACCGUGAGGACAUUCUCUUUAAAGGGAAUGACUACCAAGCUCUUUGGUCAAGAAACUCCAGAGCAAAGAGAAGCCAGAAUCAAGGUGUUAGAAGAACAAAUAAAUGAAGGAGAACAACAGCUAAAGUCUAAAAAUUUGGAAGGCAGAGAAUUUGUGAAAAAUGCAUGGACUGAUAUUGAACGAUUCAAAGAACAAAAGAACCGUGACCUAAAGGAGGCCCUCAUAAGUUAUGCUGUCAUGCAGAUCAGCAUGUGCAAAAAGGGAAUUCAAGUUUGGACCAAUGCUAAGGAAUGCUUUAGCAAGAUGUAGUCCUAUGAAAUGACUUUUUCUUCAAUCAAAGUGCCCCAAAACAGAAGCACAAGUAAAUAAAUUUUAAGUUGCUACCCUGUAUACUUAAAAAUAUAUAAUAAGUUGAAUCAGUUUAGUUUUAUUUAACCUGAUUAUAGUUGUGUUCCUAUAGCACAAAAAGGAUGUAUCUUAAUCAAGAUUAAAUAUUAUAAUUUGAGGUUUUGGGGACUGGUGCUGAUUCCAAAAAAGUUAAUUUAAUACUAUAUACCAACUGAUUGUUCAUCAGGCUUCUGAACCAAUGACAAUGUCAAGAUGUUAAUUUCUAGAUGCUCCUUUCAAUGCCAACUCUUUCAGAUAUGUUCAUGCAGUUAGUUCUUUUCCUAAGAUUGAAUUCCUGUAUUUACUUGGUGAGACCCACUAAUCUGUCAUAAGGGGGUAUAUUCUCUUGCCUUAUAGUUGAGCUGUUUGGUUUGACAAAGCUCAGCAGAAAUUUAUUGUGAAAUCUAAGAAUUUAUUCCACAUGCAUUGAUGUCCCUUAUAACAUCUCAUACACUAGAAAAUGCCUUCAGCUUGUGUUUUACCAGAAUUUUGAUACUGGUCAGAAAUUUUAUACUGCCAACAAAUUAAGUCUCAACUUCUCAGAUAUAGAGUGGAAUACAUUCUUUUCGGAAUUGCUAUAUAGAAAGUUUUAAUUGAGUAUUCUUAUUCUCAACAAUUCUUAACCUCAGUGAUGAGCCUAAUUUACUUUGCUUGGCUCUCUGCACAUGGCAUUUCAGGGUACAAAAUGUAGCAUUUCCGUGUAUAAGAUAAAUGUGGUGAACACAUGAGCUCAUACCUUUAUCAUUAACAGCCUUCAUUUCUAUUGCUUGGCUAUAAUUUUUGUAAAAAUAAAUUAUAUUGUUUUUUUAUGUGUGUUUUGUGGUAUAUGUUCAGAAGCCAAGCACCCUCAUUUUCCUAGCUUUGCAGAAUCUUAAAUGUGUACUCAUUAUUUCUAAUGAUGUUUAAAAAAUCCCCAGUACUGUUUAACAUUUGACUUUUUUACAUGUUUAAAAUGUCGCUGGAUUUUUGUGCUGUUUGCCAAACUUAUACUAUAAAUAAAUGAAGUAUUGUGCUGA